UAAGUUUCUCAAACUGUUGGAGAAAGUACUACAAAUAUAACAAACCGAAAGAAGACUCUUUCAUUCUUCAACGACCUUUCAUUCUCACACAUCCAUGGAGGAAUUUAAGAGAGAGAAUCCAUUAAUGGAUACCUUACCCAUAGAACUAAUCUUCAUCAUAUUUGCACAUUUACCCAUAAAAUGUCUUCUUCGUUUGAAAACUGUUUGCAAAUCAUGGCUCACCAUAAUCAGCAGCUCAAAUUUCAUCAACUUUCAUCUUCAUCUUAAUUCUCUCUCCUCCUCUAAUCAACUCUUAAUCUUCUACACUAAUAAUCAUCAAUCUCUUUACUCUGUUUUCUUAAACUCCCUUAAAUCUCCUGCUAUGAAACUUUGCUUCUUCAAUGAAGAUUUAUCUUUCUCAGGUAUUUCUGGGUCUUGCAAUGGUUUAAUUCUCUGUAAUCUUAAUCAUAAUAAAACUCAAAAUUUCGAUGUUUGUUUGGUUAAUCCAUCUACGUUAAAGUUUAGAAAAAUCCCAAAAUUACAGGUACCCAAGAAUUAUUUGUAUGUAAAUUUUGGGUUAGGAUAUGAUUUUAAAAGGGAUGAUUAUAAGAUUGUGAGGAUUGUUAAUUUUGUAUAUGCUUGUGAAGAUGGGUCAAUUUUUAAUGCUAGGGAAGUUAUGGUGUAUAGUAUGAGAUCAAAUUCUUGGAAAUUUAUUGAGGAAAAAGUAUCUAAUCAUGCUACUUUAGCUUCAAGAAAUGGAGCACUUGUGAAUAAUCAUUUGCUUCAUUGGAUGUUUUGGUGUACUUCUAUGAAUGAACAUCGACUUUCGAGUUUCGAUGUUUGUAAUGAGAAAUGGGGUGAGAUUUCCAUGCCUGAUUGUUUCAAAGAGAAUGGUAUAAACAGGGGAAAUCAAGUGAAUUGGUUGGUAUGUGAUGGUGAUGACAAAAAACUUGAUGUUGUAGACUUAGGAAUUCUAGGUGGGUGUUUGUGUUUAUUAACUACUAAUAAUUUUGUGAUUCAUUCGAGUGAUGUUGAUAUAUGGGUUAUGAAAAAUUAUGGUGUUAAAGAAUCUUGGGUUAAAUUAUUUCAUGUUGAGGAUUUUGAUGUUACAAGAUCAUUGAAAGUUGCUCCUAUAGCUUAUUGUGAAGAUGGUAAGGAGAUAUUGUUAAGACGAGACGAGGAUUCAAAUGUUUUUUGGUAUGAUUUAAGGGAGAAAAGAGUUAGGAAUGUUGAUUAUUGUGGUUUGCCUGACUAUCAUGGAGUGAGUACCUGCAUUCAAAGUCUUGUACCAAUUGAUGGUAAUGGUACCUGAACGUUAGCAAAGAUCAAGGAAUAAGAUAAUAGUUGGUUCCAAGUUAGCUGGGUGUAAAUGAAGAACAUGAAGAAUCCAGGUAUCUAAUUGAUGGUCCAAAGCUUCUGACGACCUGGUGGCUGGUGAUGUCUUUUUUUCUACGUAAAAAAGUACUGAUUGCUACAUUAUCUUAAACAAGAAUCGUCCUUUGCUAUAUAUUAAUGGCUACUAUGGGUUGCUGCUUACUUGCUGUGUCGUGGUGCCUUCAUAACUACUCAUUUUUAUGGCACAUUGUGCAACUUCAAUUGUAAGUUAUAAUUCAUGUAACAAUUAAUUGAUGGCUUAUAAAGUCAUUUUUAUGGUCUAUUUAUGUGCUUUUCUCAGCCAUUAUGUACACAUUCAAUUGUAUAAAUUUUAGGAGCAAGUUAUUAAAUUAAAGUGUAUUUUAUAAUUUAUAUAUUUAUUCGAUUUUCAGAAUCUAUUAAAGGUAUAAAAAAAAUGACAUUUUAUUAGAA